AUGGCGAACAGCGAGGCCGGGUUCCACUCCCGCUCCGAGUCGGUCUCGACGCCGGGAGACGGGCCGGCAGACAACCUGGCGGACGUGAACGAGACCACGGCAAACGCGAAGAAGCCCUCCAUUUCGUCCACGGCGGACGCGCAGGCCAAGAAGCGGACGGGCUCGACGGCGGAUACGAACGACAAGGCCGACAAGGCCAACAAGGUCACCAAGCGGCGGGCGCCGCGGGCGUGUGCGUCCUGCAGGGCACGCAAGGUGCGAUGCGACGUGGUCGAGCAGUUCCCCUGCGGGAACUGCCGCUGGGACAAUGUCGACUGCAUUGUCCACGAGAGCCGCCGGCGGAAGAAGAAACUCUUCAACGCAACGGCGAGCUCGACAGGGGCUUCGGUGGGCGCAAUGCCUGGUGCCGAGGCCCUGCAGCACUUGCAAGGAGGGAGCGCAAACGGCGCUGCUGGUCCGAUCAACAUCGCCAGUGCAGAUCUCAGGAGGCCGAGUAAUGUCUCUGCAGCCUCAAUGCCUGGCCUCGAGAGUGUCGGGGGCAUGUUUGGGAGUGUCGACGGCCAGGUUCCGCCACUGCUCUCUUACACCGAAACAGUCCAGAGGCCUGGCUUCGGCCCAAACGCGAACCCCAGCCAGAUCCCCUGGAACCCCGUGCAGCUCUUUGGCAACCGCUUGAGCUACCUGGAUGAGCCCAAUGAGGUCGACCCUCUGUCGCUCCUGCCGCCCUGGGUCAAGCCAUUGCCCGACAGGAUCGGCCAGGACGAGAUCAGCUACCUCCAGCGCAAGGGCGCCCUGAGCAUACCCGACCGUCCGCUGCAGAACGCUCUUCUGCAGGCCUACGUCGAAUAUGUCCACCCCUACAUGCCUCUCCUAGAGCUCUACGACUUCCUGAAUGUGAUAAACGCCGGCGACGGCCAGGGUGGCCAGAUUAGCCUGCUCCUGUACCACGCCGUCCUGUUUGCAGGGUCGGCUUUCGUCAAGAGGAAGGCCUUGGCCGAGCAUGGGUACCCCAACCGGAAGGCUGCCCGGAAGAUAUUCUUCCAGAGGGCCAGGCUUCUCUAUGACUUCGACUACGACUCCGACAGGCUUGUCCUCGUCCAGGCGCUGCUUCUCAUGACGUACUGGUACGAGACCCCCGACGACCAGAAGGACACCUGGCACUGGAUGGGCGUCGCCAUCUCGCUGGCCCACACAAUUGGGCUUCACCGGAACCCGGACAACGGCACCAUGCCCGUGCGCAAGCAGAAGCUGUGGAAGAGAAUGUGGUGGUCGUGUUUCAUGCGUGACCGCCUCAUCGCACUUGGCAUGCGCCGUCCCACCAGGAUAAAGGAUGAGGACUUCGACGUGCCCAUGCUCACGGAGAGUGACUUCGAAAUCGAGACUCUGCCCGACGACAACAAACUCCUGCCGCCUGAGUGUACCUUGAUACGUAAUACAGACAUGCAGCGAGAACUUGCCGAGAUGUGCGUCCAGAAGGCCAAGCUCUGUGUGCUCAUUAGCCACAUGCUCAAGGCUCAGUACUCGGUUCUCAUCCGUGACCGGCUUCAGCCCGAACGCACCAACACCACCAUGAUGCUCUUCCCGAACAAAUCGCUUGACAACCUGGAGUCUGUGCAGCAGGUCGACAGAGAGCUCGCUGCCUGGUCCACUGCGCUCCCACCGUCGUGCCAGUACCGGCCGCUGGUGCGGGCAGACGUCGAAGGCGGGCGGUCCACCAUUGCGGUGCAACGCAACCUCCUGCACAUGGUAUACCAGACGACAACCUCCGCGCUUCACCGCCCGCUGUUCCUGCCGACGGGGCCCCUGCAGCCGCCGCAGGCGUCCCGGGCCGUCCAGGAGAACUCGCGCGCAAAGGUCAAGAACGCGGCGACACAGAUCACGCGCAUGGCUGCCGAGAUGCACAAGUACCACCUGGACAAGUACCUGCCGACCACGGGCGUGACGGUCGUGCUGCCAGCCAUGAUUAUCCAUCUGGUUGAGUACAAGCACCAUGACCGUGAGCGGCGUGAGGACGCCCAGAGGGGCUUCGCCCAGUGUAUGGAGGUCAUGGUGAAGCUGCGCGACAUCUACGCGGCAGCGGAUUUUGCGGCCGGGUUCCUGGAGCAGGCGCUCAAGAAGGCGGCCAUCGAGCUGAACGGCGCCGUGGCGGCCGCAGCUGCCAACGCUGCGACAACGGUGUCGUCGGGUGAGAUCAGCGUCGCCACACCAUUCGCGCGCCCAGCCACGCCGCCGCCGGAUCAGACUGGCCCCGUGGUCACGGCCGCGGAGAUGGAGGCAUCCAAGUUCGCGUUCCUUGCGGCAGCGGCGUCGACGUCGCCGACCAUCGACGGACUACCGCAGCAGCUACCGCCGCAGUCAGUCAUCAUGGGCGACUCGCCGCCGCACUCGGAGCCAAGCGGGUUGACGCCGUCGAGCGGAUCUGAGCACGCACACGCUGACGUGGAGAUGACUGACAUCAGUGCAAUGGACUGGUCGAACGUCGGCGGCGCCGGCCCCGGCAUGAACAGCCUGAACCUCGACUUUGACCAGUGGCUGCAGUUCCCAGCCGAGGGUAUGAAUAACACGGAUAACUUCAACAUGGGGCUGUUUGACACUGGCGCGGCGUUCGACACGAGUCUUCCGGAUAUGUUUACACAGACUUGA